UUAGCCUGCUCUGCUUUUGAGGUUUCAUUAAUAAGCCAUGAGUCUUUCCUCCGCUCGAGUAUAAGCCAUUAUUACUCCUCAUACUGGCCUUAAUUUCUACUUCGACGCUUAAACUUCUGUAUUUUUAUUUAAAUGCAACUGCACCAGCCGGGUGUCCGUUAAAAACUGUGUCGUUGGGGCUCCAACAAUGGCGGUUUCUGGCAGGAAAGAGGGCAUUUUCUCCCAACUUAAGUUUAGAGCUGAAACACCGCAUUUCUUUAAGAUAAUCCUUCAAGAUUCUCUUCGAGAUGGAAAGCUUAAGAUACCUGACAAGUUUUGGCAAAAGUUUGGAAGUGGGUUACCGAGUUCAGUAGAACUUGUUGCCCCUUGCGGCGCAGUAUGGAGAGUAGGAGUGACAAAGAGUGAUCGGGAGGGUUGGUUGCAACAUGGAUGGAGGAUAUUUUCUGAGCAUUAUUCAUUAAGCCAUGGACAUUUAGUUCUUUUCAGAUUCAAUGGAGAUGGAGAAUUUCAUAUUAUCAUUUUUGAUAUGACUGCUACUGAGAUCGACUAUCCAUUCGUUGGCUCAAAUGGUGAAGCUGUCGAUCCCAGAGAAGAAGGAAGCAAAGAAAGGCCUCGCAGGAAACGCAGAGACAAAUCGCCAUUGCCAUUGCCAUGUCCUAACCCCUCUAAGUCAUUCAAAACCAAUUCAUCAUCUGUGAAAGUUAGAGAUCGCCAUGAGGGUUUGUCAAGUGAUAGAUUGCGGCAAGAAAAGGUUCCUAAUAUAGUCGAACCAUUGGAAGCGGAUGAAGAAUUUAAAGCUCUUCAGAAGGCCAUGGCUUUCAAAUCCAUCAAUGCCUUUUUUCUGAUUGUCAUGCAACCAUCUUAUAUUAAUUCAGAAUAUCCGUUGAAAAUACCUGUUUGGUUUGUUAAGAAAUAUCUCACUGAGAAGCGUCGGGAAGUGAUCCUUCAGAUUUUAGAUGGGCGUAAAACAAAUGGGAGAUUUUAUUGCAAAUGGAAGGCAUUUGCGGAGAAUAACAAGCUUGAAGUUAGGGAUGUUUGUGUUUUUGAACUGAUCAACAGAACUCAGAUUUUGUUCAAUGUAAUCAUUUACCGUAAUAAUGACAGCCCGAAUUGUUCUCGAUCACAAGGUAUGUUGUCUACUACUACUAUAAAAUGCCAAAACUCAGAGGACUACCAGAGUGUCCUACUGACAACUCGGAAUAAAAUAGUUUGCAAGAGACCUCUUACUUUUAACUCUAAAAAUCCUUUCUUCGUGGUUGUGAUGAAGCCGUGUUAUGUUAAUCCAAAAAAAUCUAACUUGCAAAUACCUAAGGUGUUUGCAGAAAGGCAUUUAAAAGGGGGCAAAGGGGAAGUACAUCUUCAAACACAAGAUGGGAGGAGUUGGUAUCUUCGGUACAAUGUGCAACUCUCUGGGGGUCGGUCAAGAGCUUAUUUUGAUUCUCGUUGGAGAGCAUUUGUACAGGGCAACAAUUUGAAAGUAGGUGAUACUUGUUUCUUUGAGCUGAUUCGGGGCCCGAAAAGUGUGUUUAAUGUUGUUAUCAAACGAGCCAAAGAAGAUGCAAAUCAUGGAUUAACUACUAGAUUCAGAGGUGAAUGUAGAAAGCUCAGGAUGGAAACAGGUGUUGAGACAACCCAGAAACAUUCUUCUCAAGCUACUGCUUCUGAUAGAAAGUUUGGCACCGAUUUCCUCUUCAAUUUCUUACACUAUCUCAACUACAUCAUAGAACCUCAACUGCCAUUUCAAAGUUUGAAAGAUUGA